AUGAGAUCGAUUAUUGUCACUCUGAUACUCUCCGCUCUUUCUCUCCGUAGAUCAUCUCUUCUCGAUAAGAGAGAUACCGCCGAAGUCCAUGUGGUAGGCGAUAUAGUAUGGGCUCGUUCCAACCAUCAAGAGGACGACCGAGCGAGCGAUGGCGGAGUAUUCGCAUAUGGUGAUUCCAAUGCUCAUGGAAGUAUGGGAUCGGAUCAAUUCCACUCACCAUCGUCACAAGAAGGGACAAGUAUGAGAAGAGAAUCGAAGCUGGAUGACAGAAAUGAUGCUGUUGAGACUAAUUUGAGGAAGGGAUUUAUCACUGUGGAUGUCAUACCUGAAGAUCCCGAUCAAGACCAAACUCCCGCUUUUGACCCUCGACGAAGAUCCGAGGGAAAUUCAUGUCUAACGUGUGCCAAGAGAGAUACAGGUACCGCCACAGUCGAAGCUGAAAAUCAAACUCCAGCUUUUGACGUUCGUUCCGUAAGGAAUUCAUUUGUAUCCUUCGUUCGAGAUACCAAUGAGAGCAUUCAUAAUACCGGAUCGGGGCAUGACGACGUAUUCGUACAUUGGUCUCGACAGUCGACAGAGCAUGAUCCAGUAGAAGCCCAAGGAUUCGAUUGUAGUGGAAGAAAAAGAAAUCCGGAAGUUGAUAGCGAAGAUGACACAAUUCUCUGGACAUCAUCUUCCCAACAUGAUUGGGCUAAGCGAACGUCGACAAGGAGAAAAAGAUGGAAAGAGCGAAUGCUAAAACCUCUGAGAAUCAUACUGAUGAGGAUAUCGUUUGGGACGGCGAACCGCUUAAGUCAGGCAGAAUCGACUGAACAGGGCAAGAGAGAUUCCGAGCCCAACGAUGAGACUGUCACUUGGGAGAGGAGAGACGUCGAACGAUAG